CCAUGACGUCAGCGGGCCUGAAGGCGGAAGUAAGACAAUCAACAACUGAACACGGAACAGCGAGAGACCUUAUCAGUAGUGUCUGGAAACAAACCGACUCGGAGGGAUUUUUUUUUAGUUUUGUAUAAUAUAAAACAAUAUGUCCGUAUUCGGCAAACUGUUCGGCGGCGGGGGGAAAGGAGGCAAAGGCCCGAGCCCACAAGAAGCGAUCCAGAAACUCCGUGAAACAGAAGAGAUGUUAACCAAGAAACAAGAGUACUUAGAGCAGAAGAUUAAUGCGGAACUAAUAACAGCAAAGAAAAACGGCACGAAAAACAAACGAGCUGCUUUACAGGCCCUGAAACGAAAGAAGCGAUAUGAGAAGCAGCUGGCUCAGAUAGAUGGCACUCUCUCCACUAUUGAGUUCCAGCGAGAAGCAUUGGAGAAUGCCAAUACAAACACUGAAGUGCUUAAAAAUAUGGGCUUUGCAGCCAAGGCCAUGAAGACAGCACAUGAAAACAUGGAUAUAGACAAAGUGGACGACCUCAUGCAGGACAUCACAGAGCAGCAGGAGCUGGCACAGGAGAUUUCUGAUGCCAUUUCAAGGCCUGUAGGUUUUGGAGAAGAAUGUGAUGAGGAUGAGCUCUUAGCUGAAUUGGAGGAGUUGGAACAGGAGGAGCUGGACAAGAACCUGCUGGAAAUCGGUGGCACCGAGGAUGUCUCUCUGCCCAGCGUGCCUUCAAAUCCAUUACCCAAGAAACCUGCUGCCCAAAAAAAGAGAGUAGAAGAGGACGAGGAUGACAUGGAAGAACUCAAGGCGUGGGCCAUGUGAAUGUACCCAAUCUGCCAGACUCUCAUUGCUCGUCGUGGUUGGCCUGUGCAGGCAAACCUGAGAACCUUCAGAGGGUUUACACUACAAAACAAAUUUCACCAUUGCUCUUGCAGUGUGGCUAAAACAAGCCCAGAAAAACAAGCGUUACGAACGAAAAUGGAUAUGAAGCAGGUUAAUCGGACAAUAAAAUCUGAUGACAUAAUGUAUGAAGUGACCCUUAAA